GCGAGAGGCGCGUUUCCGCUUCCGCGAGCAAUGGCGGCCUGGGAGCUGGUGCUGCUCGCGCUGCUGAGCGCCCGGUUCGGUCUCUUUACGUCAGCUGGUAAGAUGAAAAUCGUGGAGGAGCCGAACACCUUUGGGUGCGUGGCCCUGAUUGAACAACCCAUUCCUACCUCAGACAAACAGGCUCCUUCCAAAGAUGGCACCUUCCCCAAUCUCAGGUCCUGCACAUCUCUUUAGGCUUGCUGGCAAGUGUUUCAGUUUUGUGGAAUCUACGUAUAAAUAUGAGUUCUGUCCUUUCAAUAAUGUCACUCAGCACGAGCAGACCUUUCGGUGGAAUGCCUACAGUGGGAUUUUAGGUAUUUGGCAUGAAUGGGAAAUUUACAACAACACAUUUGUUGGCAUGUGGAUGAGAGAAGGGGAUUCAUGUGAAACCAAAACCAGAGAGACAAAGGUUCUUCUUCUUUGUGGAAAAAACAAUAAGUUGGCUCAUGUGUCUGAGCCAAGUACUUGUGUUUACUCUCUAACGUUUGAGACUCCUCUUGCUUGCCAUCCUCAUUCUCUUUUAGUUUAUCCAACACUGACUGAAGCCCUGCGAAGGAAGUGGGAUGAAGCAGAGCAGUCUCUUUAUGAUGAGUUAAUAACUGAACAGGGAUACAAAAAAUUGUUGAAGGAGAUUUUUGAGGAAGCAGGACUUUUAAGAGCAACAGAAGAAAAGGAGAUUGAGAAAAAAAAUAAAAAGCUAAAAAGUCUGGAAUUUGAAACAGUGGAGAAAUGCAAUAAGGAGUACAAGAAACUUUCUGAAGAAAUAAUAAGGCUUAAAGAUUUAUUAACUCAACAUGGUGUUGUAUAUGAAAGAAACACAGCUGAAAAUACAAGUGCUGAACACAUCAUUCAUAAAGUGGUUACUGCAAAGCCAAGUGUUCUGAAUGGUUCAAAGGCUAAUGAACACCUACGGGAAGACACAGGCAUUUGGAAUGACACCUUUUAAAGAAAUUUGUCUGGCUGAUAAAUAUCAAGUUCAUAUAGAUUAAACUAUUGAGCAAAUUGGAUGUAUAUCAUAGUACUAAGAUAAUUUAACAACGCUUUGUGAAUAUUUCUAAUGCUCUAUAUUCUUGCCCUAAGGCAACAGGAAGAGAAUGUUUGAGUUAAAUUCUGCCAUUGAAGACAGCUGUUGUCGUUCAGGUUACAAGGAUGUUUAAGUUGUAAAAAUUCUCUUUGCUGAAACUGUUACCAACCAUUGGGUCUGCAGACUCUACUUCUCCAAUCUCAGUUCUGUGCUCUUUGCUUUGAUCAAUUAUUGCACUAAUUAGAGUGAAAGGUGAUUGGUUGUAUACCCAGCAUCUGUAUUUCUGCCUGAUGUGGGGGGAACAGUUUUGUCCUCAAGUUUGGAUGGAUUACUAAACUUCUUAACCACUGAUAGCAGGGGCAGUUUAUUUGCCUUUGGGAAGGAGUAGUUCACACUGUACUUGCUAAUCCUGUAGCAGCACUGAUGAGGCUAGAAGGAUGGAGUGAUGUGGAACCUUUAGCCAGAGAUGAACGUGUGAGCAAAAAGCAAAAUCUACCUUCUAGUCUUUCAGGUAGAUUAUAUACAAUAUACUCCUAUUUAUCCAAAACUCGAUUAUCCAAACCUCUGCAUUAUCCAGAUCCCUUCCUUGUCCCCUAGCAUGAGAUACGUGCUCUCUGCAGCAUGUAUCUUAUGCUGGAGGAUAAGGAAGGGAUUCAGAUAAUGUGGAGGUUUGGGUAAUAGAGCAGACACUACUAGCCAGGACUGCAAGAAGGAUGAGCCCCCGGCUGCAGAGAAGACCAUCCUGCUGCUGAAUGAGCCCUCUGCAGCACCGCUGUCAUGGGAGUGAAUGGGGCUAAGACAGCAGAGCUGCAGAGGGCUCCCUAUGCUGCCACAGUGCUGGUGACACCCGAUCCCUGCAGGCACAAGGUGCAGUGGGAAGGCUAUGGUCCUGGUAGGGCAGACUCUGUUCUGCCCUGCCAGGACCACAGUCUUCCUUGCGCCUGCAGGGAAUUGGGUGUCACUUGCCAUGUGGCUGCACAGGGAGUCUGCAACAUUACUGUCACAGGAGUAAGUGAGUGGGGCACAGCAGAGACCCCUGGCCAGGACUGUGAAGAGGAUGACAAGCCUCUGACUGUGGAGGCCACUCUGCUGCUGAAUGGCCUCUUGAUUAUCUGAACCAAAUCUGUGUCCCUCAUGCUAUUCAGAUAAUUGGGAGUACGCUGUAUUGAAAAAGAUAGAAGGAAAUGACUGCAUAAAGACUAGAGAAAUUACUCCACAUUAAAGCUGUAAGGUGUAAAUAGUUAUUCCUUUAACACCUGUUUCCACACUAGCAACUAAUAUUCACCUCUUACCCAUCUCUGCU